GGAACAGAGAUUCAUGUGUAUGCUGUUUACCUGAACAAACUAUCAUUUUGCCACCUUAUCGGAUGUUAUCUUUCUACAUUUUUAUUUAAUCUAAAAAGUAAUCUGUAUUUAUAGCGUAGCUAGUGAAUGCGAGUUGUCUGUCAACAUGAUUUUAAAAAAGGUAGGACGAAAGUCGAGGGUGGUUACUAAGGUGGAACAGACCCGCGCUCCUCAAGAAGCAAGUGACUCUGAAGACGAAAAGUUUGACAAGGGAUUUUCGUUCGUGGAUAAUGCAGCAGAUUAUAAUUUUGAUACGUGGAAAAAUCUCAUGCAGUUGGUGAAAGAAAAGAAAAAAGUUAACCUGACCGCGACCAUUAAACGAGUGGUCGGUGAUAAACUUUCCGACGGAACAAGCUUAGCCGCGACUCAAGUGACCAAAGAGGAGCGGGCUCAGUUAGACGAGGAACUGAAUGAGAUUCGCGAUACCCUUAAGGAACGCCAGAAAUUUCGGAAGCGUAAGAGGGCGCAAGAUGCGUUAGCCCAGCAGGAUGAUGAGAUUCCUGAUCAGAACGACGACUUCCAUGGCACGGCAGGCGUAACAUUUCAGAACAUGGACCUUUCCCGGCCGCUACUUAAGGCCCUGUCUGCAAUGAACUUCGUUAAUCCCUCACCAAUUCAGAAACGCGCAUUACCUGUUGCUCUCGGCGGCAGAGAUAUCUACGCGUGUGCAGCCACAGGAACAGGCAAAACGGCCGCGUUCAUGCUACCUGUUCUUGAGAGAUUAUUGUAUCGUCCUUUAGUUGACGUGGUCACCAGGAUUCUGAUAAUUGUUCCCACGCGAGAGUUAUCUCUGCAAGUAUACCAGGUAUCCAUUCAACUCGCACAGUUUACAAAUAUAAAUAUUGCUCUUGCUAGUGGCGGUCUCGACCUGAAAAUACAAGAGAGUCACCUUCGCCGAAAGCCCGAUAUCAUCAUUGCCACUCCGGGAAGACUUAUUGAUCACCUGCAAAACACACCAUCAUUUUCAUUACAUGCGAUCGAGGUGAUAAUUCUCGACGAGGCAGAUAAACUUCUGGAGGAUCAGUUCGCUGAGCAACUCAAAGAAAUCAUCAAGCAAUGUUCGCCAACGCGACAGACCAUGCUGUUUUCGGCUACUAUGAACGAUCGUGUUCGCGAUCUCGCUGACUUAUCAUUAACCAAUCCUGUUCGUCUGUUUUUGAAUAAUAACACAGACGUAGCCUUGCACUUGCGUCAGGAAUUUAUACGAAUCCGAUCAAAGCGCGAAGGAGACCGCGAACCGCUGUUGUGUGCCCUUGUGACGCGCUACUUUAAUGAGCAUACAAUUGUUUUCGUACAGACGAAGAAGUUAGCCCAUCGUAUCCGUAUUCUACUUGAACUUCUUGGUAUACGAGUUGAAGAGUUGCACAGUGGGCUUAAUCAAACGCAGCGAAUCCAGUCACUCAAGAGAUUCAGUCAACAGGAAGUUGAUGUACUCGUCACUACUGAUCUGUCUGCAAGAGGUCUUGACAUCAAGGAUGUUCGAACGGUUAUCAACUAUACCCUUCCACCCACACUUCAACAGUAUGUUCAUCGCGUCGGUCGGACCGCUCGAGCCGGUAAGGUGGGCCGCUCCGUAUCCAUGGUUGGUGACCAGGAACGAAAAAUUCUUAAGGAAAUCGUGAAAAAAGCUCGUACACCAGUCAAGCAACGCGUUAUUGAGCCGCAGGUAGUUAACAAAUUUAAGGAAAAAAUCGAUUCGGUAGAGCCAGAUAUUGAAAAAAUUCUUCGAGAGGAGAAAGUGGAAAAAGACAUGCAGGAUGUGGAAAGAAAUCUCGACAAGGCACAGGAAAAACUUAACAGAGUAACACAACCAGCAUUAAAUAAAAAGCAGAACGAGAAGCCUCAACGAAACUGGUUUCAAACACCAAAGGAGAAAAAAGAAGAGAAGAAGAAAUUACGUUUAGGUGAACAUACCAAGCUAGAUGGAAAAAGAAAAGUUAAAAUCCCUAGCGCUCGCGCAACAGCCGAAGAUCGUGUUGAGUGGGAACUGCAAAAAGCAGCCGCAUAUCAAGUUCGUUGCGCGAAGAGGUCUCGUAAACCAUCUCGCAUCCGCGCUGUCGUCGACUCUGACACUGAUGAUGAGCCCCGAGAUAAAAAGGCAAAGAAGAAGUCCAUUAAAAAUAAUCGGGAAAGAGAUAUGACAAAGACGCUGACAGCAACAGACAAAGCUCGAGAGAUGAGACGACUUCCGUUUAAGGAGCAAGUUCGUGAAGGCCAGGCUAAGAAAAAUGGUCCUGGCAAGGGAUUCAAGAGCAAGAAAAAGUUCAAGAGGCGCUAGCUUUCAUCAACUCAACGGACUUUUUUCCUGUCAUGACAUUUUAUCAUGGGCAAACGGCUAAUAAAAUUACGUU